AUGGAGCCUGAACCUGUAAGAAAACGAUUCAAACAGCUCACAAAUGAAGAGAUACAGCAACUGGUUGAGGCCAAGGAUUCCGAAAAUACAAGGAGAGCGACUAAAAAUGCCGUUGCUACUUUUCUAGCAUUCUGUAAUGAAGUUACGCCUGAAGAACCCGUGAAAAACACAGAGUCCCUGGAGAAAAUGUCGAAGAACGAACUGAAUGAACUUCUAACGAAUUUCUUGCCGAAUGCCCGGAAAAAGAAUGGAGAAAAUUACAAAAAGACUGCCUUGAUGGGACUACGAUUUGGUCUGCAAAGGCACUUUCUACUGAAAAAAGAUUUUGACAUCAUUAAUGACGGCGAGUUUUCCAAAUCAAAUCAAGUUUAUGAGGCGGCAGUUGUCGAGUUAAAGCGGCAAGGAUUUGGCACAGGCGGCCCAGACGUAGUAUGUGUCACUGAAUGAAUAUAUUAAUAUCCACAUGGACAAAUUAAUGCAAUGAGUCGUCGAAACUCCCAUGGACUAAAAUAGUCUAAAAGUCAAAAUAUAACAAAACAAAGCUAAGACACCUUCAACUGAACGUAUACUUGUCCUUCCUAGCCUACGAAAACAUCCGUUUCUCCUCGCUCUUCGCCGCCGGGGACGUUUCGCGAGGAGGAACGUCUGCGACUCAGCGGCAGAAAUUCCAUACUGAUGACGCAAACCAAUGUUUACAUAAUAAAUCGAGUAGUCAUGGGGUACAAAAUAUAAAUUUGACCAAUUUUACGUGUCUUCUGGUCGAUUUUGGCAAAGUGGUGUGUUCAUCUGCCAACGAGCUCCCGCAAAACUCAAAUGCUUCCUCUAGAGAAGACUAUAUUCCACAAAUAUUAACUGUUUUGUUAGAGAUUCUUCGCUUUUACAUUUGACCUUUGCGGCCUUUUGUCUUUUGUCUGUCAUUCCUAAACAAUGGCUAAAACAAUGUAACUACUCCAUCGACCAAUCAGCGCUUCUGACCGGAUUCCGGACAGAUUUUACGUCAUCAGUAUGGAAUUUCUGUCGCUGAGUCGCAGACGUUCCUCCGCGCGAAACGUCCCCAUCGACGAAGAGCGAGGAGAAACGGAUGUUUUCGCAGGCUAUGUCCUUCCUGGCCGGUUUAAGUGGCAUUUUGUUGCGUAGUCACUAAAACAUGGAACGACCUAAAACCACCUACAACCACCUACAACCACCUCAAAAAAUUCAACAACCAGCUACAACCAUCUACAACCACCUCAAAAAAAUCUACAACCACUCGCAAACAAUCUAAAACCAUCUAAAACGGGGUAUAAAUGUCUCAAAUAAGGCGAGACGACAACAUGUCACGUACAUGAAAUACGAGAAUCGAACAAAACAUCCACCUCCCCCCCAAAAUCUUACUCUCCCUGGUCCCUUGUAUCAUCAACCUUUGGCUUAAGUCACGAAAUGAAAUGCGAGAGAGUGAGUAUCACUAUGGCUAAAAAAAAACAGUCACAUUAGUUAUUAUAUAACGUCGUGGCUUUCAAUCGGGCUGGCGGAGAUAAGAACUAGACGGAUUUUAAGGGAAAAGGCGGAAUGCAAGCAGUCUAGAAAAAGUAUGAAUAAGAAUGGUCUGCAUUAGAAAUAUUUUAAAGGAACUGUACGUACCUUCGGGAUCGUCCUUUCGCAAGAACGCCAUCGUGUUGUACGAAUGGUGACACGUAUGCAAUGGUGACUCAUGAUCACGUUUUGCUCCUGCUGAGAUUCUAAAUGAAAUUUUCCAGACAUAUUCCAGAUUUCGCACCAUAUGUAAUCACUGGUACUGUGACAUUUGAAACAUGAUUUUAAAACAAUUAAAAAUCACAAACCAUCAGUUGUUGCUUAAAUUAUAAUCAAAUUGUCGAUGAGUUUCACAAGAGAGAGGAAACAAAAUCAAACUUAUAUUCCAGCCCUCCCAACAUAAGAGGACAGUGCGGUGGAAGUUUUGUGUUAAGCUUAAUGGUUGAUGAUACAAGGGAACAGGGGACCAGGGAGAGUAAGAUUUUAGGGGGAGGUGGAUGUUUUGUUCGAUUCUCGUAUUCCAUGUACGUGACAUGUUGUCGUCUCGCCUUAUUUGAGACAUUUAUACCUUGUUUUAGAUGGUUUUAGAUUGUUUCCGAGUGGUUGUAGAUUUUUUUGAGGUGGUUUUAGAUGGUUGUAGGUGGUUGUUGAAUUUUUUGAGGUGGUUGUAGGUGGUUGUAGAUGGUUGUAGGUGGUUUUAGGUGGUUUUAGGUCGUUCCAUGUUUUAGUAACUACGCAUUUUGUUGAGUUUUGAAAUUGUAGGUACUAUCCACUAAAGAAGAAUUAAAGGCUGGCUACAAAACAAACAGACCAUCUCCACGCGCCUUCACACGAAGCGCUAUAAAUUCGAGAAUAAUCGACGAAUCCGCUCCAAAUAACCAUCGGCUAAUCUGCAGGUAACGUGUGCUCCUGCUUCUAGCUCGCUUGCUCCACAAAACGCAUCACAACUGCACAAUAAUUGCUCGCUCAUCAACAACCACUGUUGACCUUUACGCUUCGAUAUGACCGCAAACGACCAGGUUUAAUACGCGACGUGAAUAUUCAAGCUUAGCGACCGCGUUCGCGCAACAAUGCAGCACUUGCUAUGGGAGGGAUGGUACUAUUGCUUUUAGGUCAACUGACCGAAGGUUCGCUGCGUUUAGUUUUGACCAGAAAACAAAAGGCGAUCGCGGGACCGUCCGUAAGUUUUGAACAGUUUUCAAGUUUGAAUUCUUCUAGCGUUCGCUGUCUCAGCUGCUGUCACAUUGUUCGUCCAGCCGCUUGCAUAGGUUCUUGACUCUACCAGACUUAUUUGCUUAGAUUAACAACGUCUUACUCCAUUAUAUGUUGUCCAAACUGGUGAAGGAGGACGAGAAUUUUCCGCCCAGGAAAAAGGGAGGUGUGGAAAAAGGCAAAAUCUGGCCCCCGCUAUGCAGCUGAAUAGAAGAUACAGCUGAAGAUAUCGUAAAGUAAAAUUUAUGUGCGCGAUAUCUUUUUUUAUUAUUACUAUUAUUCUCAAAACUCAGGGGCACCCAACGAUGAUUUCCCCCUAAAUGCAUUGGAAAUACAUUUAAGGCUGUCCAGAGUACUUUUAAUCGAAAAAUUCAUUCUUAACAGCGCUUACAUAAAUUUAGUCAGGAGGGCUAAAACCGAAGCUAAUGAUUUAUAGUUUGCUCAUACUAAAUAUAAAAUAUAUCGUGUAAUGCUAACUGGAGAAGGCAACGAGACAGGGCCACUCAACGACUGUUUCCUCAAAUACUUUCAAUUGAAAACACUUCUGUAGCUAUUCCUAAAGUACUUUUAGCUCUAUAGAAAUGCAUUCUAAGUGGCGCAAUAAAAUUUGCAUCUCAGUGUUCGGCCAUUCUUGAGGAACUUGAGUCUUUUCGAAAUUACGAGGAAUUCAGAAUUAUUUUCCCGAAAAUUUUAGAUGCAAUUUAACGUAUUACGAAGGAGAUAAUUUUUCAGAUACCUUCUUUCAUCACAUUUUUGAAUCCGAAAAUUUUAGGAUUCCAUUUUACUCUCUACGAAAAAUAGCCUAACCUGGUGAGUGAAAUGUGAAAAAUUAAAAGUUGGAUGCCCUUGACCAGAACUGUGAAAAACAACAAUAGGUCUAAUUGCAGCACACUUUUUUGUACAUUUCCUUGCCGUUGAUUUGCAUGACUGCAACGUGAAACGUCCAGAAAACUUUCCGGUUUUCACUUUUUAUGGAGAAAAUGUGGUACAUGUUCUUGUUCACUUUUUCCACUGCCGCUCAUUUUUUUAGCUCCGCUAUAGGAUUCGUAUCUGUUCGGUGCUCCUUGGGCAAAUUGGAUCUUUUUAAAAAUUACAAGGGCUUCAAUAUUAUUUUCGCGAUUGAUUGACCUGGAAGCAAUAGUACCAUCCCUCCCAUAGCAAGUGCUGCGUUGUUGCGCGAACGCGGUCGCUAAGCUUGAAUAUUCACGUCGCGUAUUAAACCUGGUCGUUUGUGGUCAUAUCGAAGCGUAAAGGUCAACAGUGGUUGUUGAUGAGCGAGCAAUUAUUGUGCAGUUGCGAUGGGUUUUGCGGAGCAAGCGAGCUAGAAGCAGGAGCACACGUUACCUGCAGAUUAGCCGAUGGUUAUUUGGAGCGGAUUCGUCGAUUAUUCUCGAAUUUAUAGCGCUUCGUGUGAAGGCGCGUGGAGAUGGUCUGUUUGUUUUGUAGCCAGCCUUUAAUUCUUCUUUAGUGGAUAGUACCUACAAUUUCAAAACUCAACAAAAUGCCACUUAAACCGGCCAGGAAGGACAAGGAUACGUUCAGUUGAAGGUGUCUUAGCUUUGUUUUGUUAUAUUUUGACUUUUAGACUAUUUUAGUCCAUGGGAGUUUCGACGACUCAUCGCAUUAAUUUGUCCAUGUGGAUAUUAAUAUAUUCAUUCAGUGACACAUACUACGUCUGGGCCGCCUGUGGAUUUGGCAGAGUUGAUCACCACAGGCCGAUAUCAAAGGAGGAUCUAGAAAAAAUUCAGUCUUGCUACAAUCCAUCCUCUCCAGAUCCUAAAUCCCUCCAGCAAGUGGUUUGGUUUAAUCUCAUGUUCCACCUAAUUCGCCGCGGGAGAGAAAAUCUCCGUCUUCUUACAAAACAGACGUUUGCCGUGCAGGCUGAUGCAACUGGUAAGAAGUACGUAUAUCAAGCACUUGAUGAACUGGACAAAAAUUACAGGGGAAAGGAUCAACCACAUGAUUCUCCAGGUGAAGGCCGUAUGUAUGAAAGACCGAAUAGUCCGUACUGUCCAGUAAAAACUUUUGAAUUGUAUUUAUCAAAGCUUAAUCCUAGUUUGUCGUGUUUGUGGCAAAGGCCGAAGGCGCGUGAAAGUUUC